AUGACCCUAAGGAGCGGGAAGGAAAUUCUGGGGCCUGAGCCUGUGAUCUCUAAGGACAAGGAUGAGGAAAAGAUCGAGAAUGAGCUUGAGAGGGAGGACAACAAUGGUGCAGAUCCAAAAGUAUUUCCAGACCCAGUAAUUACAGUUAAAACUAACCCGCCUCCUUUUCCUAGCAGGUUGGAAAAAUCGAAGAAGCAGGAUAAGGAGAAGGAGAUCUUGGAGGUGUUUCGCAAGGUUGAGAUAAAUAUCCCCCUGUUAGACGCAAUCAUACAAGUGCCGAAGUAUGCCAAGUUUCUAAGGGACUUGUGUGUCAACCGAAAGCGGUUGAGGGGAGAUGAAAGGGUCAUUGUUAGGGAAAAUGUGUCAGCGGUCCUGCAGAGAAAGCUUCCACCAAAGUGCGGGGACCCAGCUGAUUUUUAUGUACUUGACAUGGAUGAUGAUUAUUCCCCUGAUCCCUCACCUUUGUUAUUAGGUAGACCCUUUUUUAGCACAACACAAACAAAAAUUGAUGUUAAUAAGGGUACCUUGUCCAUAGAGUUUGAUGGGAAAAUUGAAGUUUUUGAAACUGUUGGCAGGGAUGAGUUGGAGGUGGCUUUAACCAAGGACCUCGAGUUGAAGACAACUGCUGAGGUGGAGUGGAGCGAGGAUCUAAAAUGCACAAUAGGUGCAUUACACUCAUUGCCGAUCACCACAAAAAGGUAUGAAGUCUUGCCUAUUUUUAUUCUCGAACCUCACCAGAGGGUAUUGCCAUCUGUGGUGCAGGCACCUGUAUUGGAGUUGAAACCUCUACCAGAGCACUUGAAAUAUGCGUAUCUGGGCGACAACGAGACACUCCAGAUUAUUAUAUCAGCUGCACUCUCGAAAACUCAUGAGGAGAAGUUGAUCCGAGUCCUUAGAGAGCAUAAAGAGGCGAUAGGUUGGACAAUCGCAAACAUUAAGGGGAUCAGCCCGGCCAUCUGUAUUUACCGGAUUAGACUGGAAGAGAAUGCUAAACCUGUUCGGCAGGCUCAAAGGAGGCUCAACCCCCUCAUGAUGGAAGUUGUAAAGAAAGAAAUUUUAAAAUUGCUAGACGUGGGGAUUAUUUUUGCAAUAUCAGAUAGCCCUUGGGUGAGUCCGGUCCAGGUAGUCCCAAAGAAGGCAGGAGUGACGGUAGAGGCCAACCAAACGGGAUAUUUUCAGAUAGCAAUUGCACCAGAGGAUCAAGAGAAGACAACAUUCAAGUGCCCGUUUGGGACCUUCGGGUACAGACGGAUGCCAUUCGGGUUGUGCAACGCACCUGCAACAUUCCAGAGGUGCAUGAUAAAUGUAACCUUCGAAUUCGAUGACAAGUGUGAGAGAGCCUUCGACAAGUUGAAGGAACUAUUAACCUCGCCACCGAUCAUUCAACCUCCUGACUGGAGUUUGCCAUUUGAGAUCAUGUGCGAUGCCAGUGAUCAUGCCGUAGGGGCUGUGUUGGGGCAAAGAGUAGGAAAGGCAGCUCACGUCAUCUACUACGCAUUUCGAGUUUUGAAUGGGGCCCGGUUUAAUUAUUCCACCACUGAGAAGGAGCUCCUUGCAGUUAUUUUUGCUUUAGAAAAAUUCAGGUCAUAUUUGUUAGGUGCUAAAGUAAUUGUAUUUUCUGAUCAUGCAGCAUUAAGGUACCUAAUGACCAAGAAAGAUGCAAAAUCGAGACUCAUCAGGUGGAUAUUGCAACUACAGAAAUUUGACCUGGAGAUAAGGGAUAAAAAAGGUUCGGAGAAUCUAGUAGCUGACCAUUUGAGUCGCAUACCAGUUGGAAAAGAGAACGAGCCAUUGAAGGAUGCAUUCUCUAAAGAGCAUUUAUUUUCCUUAAAUUCUCAAUUGCCUUGGUAUGCUGAUUUAGUCAAUUAUCUAGUAACGGGUAAUUUUCCUGCAGGUUGGCCGAAAUCGAAGAGAGAUAAAUUGAAAAGCGAUGCCAAGUACUUCAUCUGGGAUGACCCGUACCUGUGGAAGAGAUGUGCAGAUCAAGUGAUGAGGCAAUGUGUAAGUGAGAUUGAAUUUAAAUCAAUUUUAACCUUUUGUCAUACUUUUACCUGUGGAGGUCAUUUUGGACCCAAGAGAACUGCUCAUAAGGGUAUAGAUUUCAUGGGGCCUUUUUCUACUUCAUUUGGUUUUAUAUAUAUUUUGCUGGCAAUUGAUUAUGUGUCUAAAUGGGUGGAGGCUAAGGCCACUCGGACUAAUGACUCGAAAGUAGUUGCAAAUUUUAUCAGGUCUAAUAUUUUUAUGCGAUUUGGAAUGCCAAAAGCUAUUGUCAGUGAUAGGGGAACGCAUUUCUGCAACAAAACCAUAGUUACGUUAUUUCGGAAGUAUGGAGUACUCCACAGGGUCUCAACGUGA